CACCCGCGGGAAUGGUCGCGCCCGGCCCACCCGCCUCAACCCGCGGCCGCCGGCGGGGCUCGGGAAGGAGCACUGCGGGCGGGGGGGGAAUGGCGGCCAUGUGCUCUCGGGCCUGCGGCUGGGCCGGGGCUGACGGAGGGACGGGACGGGCUGAGCCGAACGCUGCAGUCCCUCGGCAGAGAGCGGGAGCGUUUGCCGGACUGCCGUGUGCGGGCCCCGUGUUGGCAGAGGGCGGGCAGAGUGCAGGGAUGCGUUACGUCGCUGCUUAUCUCCUCGCUGUGCUCGGGGGCAACGAGUCCCCUACGUCCAAGGACUUGAAGAAGAUCCUCGACAGCGUCGGCAUUGAGACGGACGAUGAACGCAUGAACAAGGUUAUUAGUGAGCUGAAUGGAAAAAACAUCGAAGAUGUAAUUGCUCAGGGUAAUGGAAAACUUGCCAGCAUGCCGGCUGGGGGAGCAGUGGCAGUCUCUGCUGGAGGGGGCUCUGCUGCCCCUGCUGCAGCUGCUGCCCCUGCUGCUGCUGAGGAGAAAAAGGAAGAGAAGAAAGAAGAAUCUGAAGAAUCUGAUGAUGACAUGGGAUUCGGCCUAUUUGAUUAAUUAUUUGUUAUAGAGAAAUUAUUAAAAUGCUUUGUUUAAAAUGUU